UCCAAAAAAGGAAAAUCAAGGUAACGGAGCCAAGGUCCGCUUUUUAAACCCUCCGCCUUAAAAUCCCAAAGAAGUUCGAACCACUCUCAUUCCCCGCCGCUAGGGCCUUCCUGUAAACAACAAUGGACACAGAUAAAGCUCAAAGUGGGCUUCCAUUUCAGCUCCAGUUCGACAAGCCUCUCCCCUCCCAGAUUAAAAUAGCGGAAUGGAACCCAGAAAAGGAUUUGCUCGCCAUGGUCACAGAAGACUCUAAGAUUGUCCUCCAUCGUUUCAAUUGGCAGCGGUUGUGGAUUGUCUCUCCAGGGAAAUGCAUAACAUCCUUAUGCUGGCGUCCUGAUGGUAAAGCUAUAGCUGUGGGGCUUGAAGAUGGGACCAUUUCGUUGCAUGAUGUUGAAAAUGGAAAAUUGUUGAGAAGCAUAAAGUCCCAUACUGUUGCUGUUGUUUGUCUUAAUUGGGAGGAAGAUGGAACAAAGAAUGAUGAUCGUGGUGGCCUCUCAACUUAUGAAGACCGCACUUCCCGUUUCUUUCCUCCUGCGCCAAGGGUUCCUCGGACGCCUGGAGUUGUUUCUGGAGAUACUGGUUUUAUGGAUGAAACAGAAGAUUCAUUUCGGGAGCUAUCAAAUUCUUCACAUCAACGAUUUAACAUCUUAUGUAGUGGGGACAAAGAUGGAAGCAUCUGCUUUAGUAUAUUUGGCAUAUUUCCCAUAGGAAAAGUUAAUAUACACAGGUUUUCUCUUUCUAAUCAACCAAUGGACAACUGCAUGCAUUGUCGGCUUCUGAAUGCCUCGAUUUGCAAGGUGGCUUUGGCAAAAGAUCUUUGUCAUUUGAUGGUCAUUUGCUCUGGGGAGCUUUUGGAAGACGGUGUUGGACCAAGCAACAGUCCUAUAUCUGGACGUGAUUUAGCUGGUUUGCAUUGCUUAGUGCUUGAUACUUCAAUAUUUUGGAAGAGGAAGAAUGAGCUUCACCAGGUUGCUCAACAGGCUUCCAAUAUUGAGGAUUUAACUGAAGUCAUCCGGGCAUCACUAUCAGUCAUGUGUAAGCUGUGGUCUGAUGCCAUGCAUACAUUUCAUGAGAAAUUCGAUUCUCUUUCUACUCUGAUUAUUGACCACGGACUGGAUUCGACUCCCCAGGAGGAGUUUCUGAGCCUUUUAGGUGGUGCUCGAACAAGUCCACCAGUUCAUCAAUUUCUAGUCAAUUCUCUUGGUGAAGCGGGUCUCAAGCGUGUAGGGAAGGUAGUUUGUGGUGCCGGAAAAGAGCUUCAGCUUAUUGUCCUUGAUCAUCUGCAGCCGGCUGUAGAAAUUAUUGGAUUCAGAAUAGGAGAACUGAGAGGCCUUUCAAAAUGGCGAGCACGUUUUCAGGGAAUUGGGUUGGAUGAGACGUUAACGAGUAACGCAACUGAAAAAGCUGGUAUAUUGCUCAUUCAAGUUGAACGAUUCAUGAGGGUUCUAUCCUCUGUGGUGCAGCAGUUUUCAAAUUUCUUCAGCUGGCUUCUAAAGUGUGUAAAGAUACUAAUGUCAGAGCCAAGUGAUCAGCUUCCACCAUUCAGUAGCGAACUUGUGAUUAUGUUCUUGAAGUUUCUGUAUGAUCAAGAUCCUGUCAGGCAGUUCCUCGAACUAUCUGAAGUUGAUCAAAAUAUAGAAAUUGAUGUCGAAACUAUGAAAAGACUGAAACAAUUAGUUACAUUUGGGGGAUUUUCGGACACAGGGUACUUACAAAGGACGCUAGCUAAAGAAUUUCAGCAAAUGGAAUAUUGUUUCAAGGAGGCUUUCCAGGUUCCCUUCACUACAAUUUCCAAGAAGAUAAUUGUUGAGGAUUUUCUGCCACUGUUUCCUAUUGCAUCUUCACCAAAAUCUGCGUCCUCAAGUUUUCCUACGUCAAUAUCAUACUAUCAAGAGGCUUCUGAGGCUGUUACAUCUUCUCAAACACUUGAACCAAGGCUUGUCGACUACAUCUCAUUCAGAAUUCCAGAUGAGUCGAUCUCGAAUGUCAGAAACUGCUUAGGCAUCGUGAGGGGAUUUAUGCACGAGUUAAGCAAUGUAAAGAAGGGAAAUCCCUCCCUGGAAGCUGCCUUGUUAUGCGUUCCUGAUGGCUACCACUGUGUGGAUCUCUGCCUAUAUAAAGAAACCCAAAUUGUUCUAUUGUUCAACGAAUCAACUAACAGUUCCGAAAGCCCCGGAAACUCUUGUAUGAUGAUUGUACAAGCCAGUGACCUUCCCUUUGUAUCGAUUUCAAGAUCCACUCCAAACCACUGGAAUCUGCACGAAUUGAAGGAUUCUGUCAUGUACCUGCAAAUGGAGAAUGAGAAGGUUCGGAGCAUCCCACACGAUGUGAUUGCUCCCUUGGCAGUCAGUGCAUCCAGGGGGGUGGCUUGUGUUUUUGCUGCAAGAAAGCGAGCCUUGGUCUAUAUUUUGGAGGAAGACGAAGAUGAAGCAUCAGAUGAGGAGUGACUGCGUUAAUCUUUUCUUUUUUCCUUUUCUUUUUUUGUCUUAAUUAGAAGCAAUUUCUGUUUCUUUUUUUUAUUUUAAUAUAUUGUUCUAUUUGUGUGAGUAAUUUAUGUAGUAGAUAAUUAUGUUGUAUAAUAGAAUUUUCCAAAUUUGUCUUUUACGUCGUUGGGUACGGUAAGGAAUAUGAUGCUUGAGUUUGAGUCCUUGUUCGUUUUGUGAAACCUUUUGGCACAGUCUCUAAUAAAUUUUCUUUAUCUA